UGUUGACUCUUGUGAUUGUCCUGCAGGGAGUUGACAAAAGUUCCUCACAUGGCCACCACCGCUGGAGAUGAGCACACGGUGCAGCUCAUGCUGAAGAGAUGGCAGGACCCAGAUUCUGGCCUGGAUCAGGCCUGGAGAGAAGAAUACAUGGUCUACCUUUCAUUUCCCGACCCUAAUAAACCCAAUAAGGUCUCUGUUGUGAACCCGUCUGGAUCUGUGUUACACACCGCCAGAGAAAAGGAGAAGCCUUACACUUCAGACCAAGAAGACCCUGAGGUGGUCCAGCCAUAUGCUGCAUACUCUCCUGCAGGAGAGCCAAAGGGGAAGCUGGUUUACGCCAAUCAGGGGAAACCCAGUGACUACCACCAUCUGAACCAGACCAUGGACCUCAGAGGAACAAUCGCCAUCACCAGAUAUGGAGGAGCAGGGAGAGGAGCAAAAGCCAUCAACGCCGCACCCUAUGGCAUCAUCGGUGUGCUGGUGUACACGGAUCCUCUGGACAUCAACGAUGGCCUCAUGUCUGAUGUUAACGAGACGUAUCCUCACUCCUGGUACCUUCCUCCCUCCGGUGUGGAGAGAGGCUCUUUUGGGAGUCAGUUUGGAGAUAAGCUCACUCCAUAUCUGGCCGCAAAGGGAGACACCUACAGAAUCCCAGAGGAGAGUAUUCCAGGGCUCCCUCCCAUCCCGAUUCAACCAAUUGGAUUUAAGGAUGCGUACACGUUGAUUUGUGAGUUGGGUGGAGAUGCAGCUCCUCAGGACUGGCAGGGAGGAUUCAACUGUACCUACAACUUCGGCGCUCCGGGAUUCAAACCAACAUCGGUUUUUAACGACAGUGAUGUAAAGCUGGACAUCUUCAACCACGGAAAGAUCGUAAACUCCUCCAACGUGAUGGGGGUCAUCAGAGGAAGUGUUGAACCAGACAGGUACGUGAUCUACGGGAACCACAGGGACAGCUGGGUGCACGGAGCCAUCGACCCAAGCAGCGGAACGUCGGUCAUGCUGGAAAUCACCAGAGUGCUGGGAGGAAUGGUCAAACGGGGAAAAUGGAGGCCUCGCAGGUCCAUCAUCUUUGGAAGCUGGGGAGCUGAAGAGUUUGGCCUGAUUGGGUCUACAGAGUAUGCAGAGGAAUACCUCACCAAGCUGAGUGAACGCACCGCUGCUUACAUAAAUGUGGACAUAGCCGUCUUCGCUAACGCCACGCUCAGAGCCUCUGGGAUGCCCUCAGUGCAAAACGUCAUCUUCAAAGCCUCAAAACAGGUCAGUGCACCUGGUCUGGACUCCACAAGCGUGUAUGAGAACUGGAUUCGGUAUUUUAACAGAACCAGCCCGACCCACGGACUCAUUCCAAGCGUUGGAUAUUUGACAGGAGCAGGGAGCGAUUACGCCGCCUUUGUCCAUUAUCUGGGAAUCGCUUCCAUGGAUAUCUCAUACACAUAUGACAGGAGUAAAACAAAUGCUCGGAUUUAUCCUGCUUACCACACAGCGUACGACACCUUUCACUACGCUUCAAAAUUCAUUGACCCUGGGUUUGUCGGCCACCAAGCCGUGGCCAGGACAGCAGGAAAUGUCCUUAUCCGACUGGCUGACAGUCUGGUGUUGCCGUUGAACUGCAGUGACUACGCCGAGAGUCUGGAGGAGUAUCUGAACACAGCAGUGAGUUUAUACCAGGAACAACUACAAGCUAAGAACAUCUCCAUGGAGCCGCUAAAACGUGCCGUGUCAAGCUUUGGUAAAGCAGCUGAACAUUUAGACCAGGUGAUCCACAGCUCAGACCUGGCUAAUGAAACACCUCUGAAGGUUAGAAAAAUCAAUGACCAGCUUAUGUUGGUGGACAGAGCUUUCUUGAACCCUCUGGCAUUCCCAGAUAAAUAUGGAUACAGACACGUUAUCUGGGCUGCGAGCAGUGCCGGCAAGCCAACCUUCCCAGGUCUGGCAGAUGCUUUUGCCAAAGCUGAAUCAUCAGGACUUUCAGGCGACUGGGACAAAGUGCAUUACCAUCUGUCAGUGUUGAGCCAAGCUAUCGACGCGGCUGCAAGCAUACUGGCUGAUGUAAUCUAAAGAGACCAGCGCUAGAAACCAGAAACUUGGGAAUACCGUUACAUGACCGUGACCCAAGAACCAACACCUGAUAUAAAUCCUUGUACACACGUAGCCCAGUAUUCCUCAGAAUGAAGAUAUUUUUCUACGAUUUGGUCUGUCAUCCACAUUAAAAUAAUAAAUGAUACUAAAACAGA